GUCUCGCCUUCCUGCAAAUUAGCAAAGGCUUGCCGUGGUAUUCAUGCGUCGGUUCGUUGUCUCCCAGGGAUACGAACGAGUAAACAAGAGAAGGAACUGAUCUCCACGCAACCGGACGGGAGCUUACGGCACGCGUGUAGUGAUUUUGCAGCCAAGUGCCUGACGACUGCUCCUGGUCACGGAACAAGCUGACAGGAAUAUAUCGAAAGGAGGGGAAACUAAGUUGAGCCGCAAAUUUUAGAGAUUUAUGUACAGAAUUUAGGAUUUGGAAAAAACAAUGAUAUGCAGUGGUACUUAUUUGUAAACAUGUUUCUACUCUUGGCACGUGUAGGUUGUGUAGCCUGCUAGGGUCUCUCAAAGCAUGGAAAAAAAAGGAAACGUCAGACGCGCCACCUCGGCUGGUUACCGUUUACCGGAUCGACCCAAUAUCAGCCUGAUCUCCCAGUCCUCGGUGUCUAUGUUGAGGCAUUCGCAGGGCAGGACACGAAACACCGACGAAUCACCAGCGCGAGGUUCCGACACCCGAGAUCCAGUAAAACGGGACCAAGUCUGGAAGGAGUUCGUGCGCAUGGAGCGAGCCGGCGUGAAAGAAUGGGAGAAGAACUGGAGUUUUCAAAACUUUGACCAGCUGGGUCGCCCUAGGACUGAGACGCCUCUCCCCGGCUAUGUGCCUCUGUACUCUGAUGUGCUCCCCAACACCACCAACCAGAUGGUUGGCAGCCGCGUGUGUACUGAACUGGGGAAGGACCUGGUACGAAUGGACAGGCUGCUAUUGCUAACGGCGUCUCACCGGAAGACCAAGCAGAGCGCCGAGAUGCAGCCCUGCUGACGCAGGCCCCACCCGGUGAACAGAGGUGCCAACCAGUUCCCUGCUGUUAACAGAAACAGAGCUGGAAUCAUGUUUGGUUAUAAGCAGGUGGUGCUUAAAAACCUCUGAACCAAACUAGCUCCAUUUUGUUCCCAUGAAUAUAUUGUUUGGAAGUGAAAAUGGCAUUCUGCUUCAAUGGGCUUUAGUGGGUACACAAAUGCAUCUGGAAUGUAGGUGCUGAAAUGUUUUAGCUGGAUCUGUAUGGACUUCUUGUUCCUUUUCCCCUUUCAAGGACAUAUUUACAUACAUUACAGACUCUUUCUGAUGUGUUGUUCAAAAUCAGAAUUUCAACUGAACAGUCCUGUCGGUUUUACUGCAUUCAACAUGGUGUCAAAACAUUAAAAAAAUAAUUACAGAUUAACAAUUGAUAUUCAAAAUAAAGGAAACAUCGUGCUGACUCAUACAGCUUUGCAAAUUAAACAAUUCUAACUAUUGCAUAUCUUCCUUUACCAUUUGCUAGGCAUUAAAAAAUGUAUACAUCCUUAAUAAAAUCUGUUCAGUGGUUUCCAA